AUGGCAACAAUAUCAUACAGCCCCGUGGGCUUAGCUAGUGCCGAAGCUUCUUCGACCACGUCUGACAUAGCGGCACCCGGAGUUCAUGCCAACAUGAAAAAAGCCACACUCAUCGUCGUCACGGUAGUUUCAGCGGUUGCCUUUCUCAUCACCCUCGCCUUCGGAUUGCGUUGUUUUGUGGUACAAAGACGGCGAUACUUUGCCAAGCAGAAUCAACAGAAACGAAACUUAAGAGGAUCCCCGGGUGCUAUCAUACCACGAAGUGGCAUAGAUGAAGAUAGAGCAUCGGUGGCCGGCACACGUUGCAGCUCCAUAUGGGGAGACUGUGAAGCAGCAGCAGCAGCAGCAGCCCGCCCUACUUCCACAUUCAGUGGUGACGACGUAUGGGACAGCAAACUCUGGCCUCUUCCCCCGGGACAUUCCGAGCGGUACACUUUCUUCAGCGAGCGCAGUUCGACAUCGUUAGACGACGACACGCUGGUAAUGGGAGAACGAUGUAGCACGGAUGGUCAAGACGAAGAUGGAAUAAAAAAGGGGUCUGAGUAUGUACCGAAGGCGGGACGAGAAUCUAGUGGAAGCAUCUGGGGGAUCUCCGAUGCUGUUAAGGCGCGUAACUAA